ACUCAAUGAGGUAGUUUUACAGUUGGAACGUCAACUCUCCACCACAAUCCAAUCAUAAAAUAGGUAUACGCACACAAUACCAAUACAUGCACAUGAUAAUUGGCGACACGCCAUAUUUACCGAUUAGAAAAUAUUCGAGGUGAAUGUUUUUGGAGUGGUCUAUUGUAUUCCAUACAAUCGACCAAGACCUACUGCAUUUCAAAAUCAAGUAAAUUUUCGUCUUGCUGUAUUUUGUGGUAUUUGGUAUAAUAAUCGAUCAAACUUAAUAUUUAUUUGUGGUCGAACAAAUAGUGCUACAUGUGUACAAUAUUUACAAGGUGCAUUUAAUUCACAUUUACGAUGGUUAAAAGAAUCUCACUUCAUACACGUUCAUCCUACCUGGGCACAUACAGCAGCAUCACCUACAUGA